GUGCAUGUCGCAUCCAUCCGACGGCAUACAGUACGGCGAAGUAUGCGCAACAUUCCAGUCGAGGUGCUCCUAUCGUGGCCGACCCCAAACUACACAAACCCGAAAACCAGAGGAAAUGCACUGCUGGCCGUGAACCUCGGUUUCAUCGUCCUGGUGGUUACGACCGUCUUCCUGAGGUUGUAUACGCGCAUCUUUAUCAAGAGAUGGUUCGGCAUUGACGACUUCCUCAUUCUGCUCGCCUUGAUAUUCACCGUAGCCUUAACCACGGUGGUAAUCCUCGCCAACCUACGCCUCGGAUGGGACAGGCACAUAUACGACAUUCCUCUGACUUCUCUCGCCGCGAAUUUGAAAAUAGCCAUGGUCGCCAAAUGCUUGUUCGUAUCCGCGGCGACGUUCACUCGCCUAUCUAUCCUGACCUUCUACUAUCGGCUUGUGACAGAAUCAGCAAUCAAAGUCUUUCGUUGGCUCGUUCAUAUCAGUGUGGCAUUUAACAUCGCAAUGCUUGUGUCCUUCAUUCUGGUUGGAGUGUUCCAAUGCAUCCCGGUCUCCAAUUACUGGAUGUUUGCAGCUCCAAAAGGCUCCUGCAUGGACGAAGGCAAAGCUACAUUAUGUAUAGGCAUAAUCAACUGCGUCGCAGACUUCACCUGCACUAUCCUACCUAUACCUCUUGUCGCCAGGUUGCAAAUGCCGCGAAGGCAACGAAUUGCGGUCAUUGUAUUGUUCGGUCUUGGUUUCAUUGUCACUAUAGCAGGAGCGGUCCGGACCUGGUACAUCUACAUGAGCUUAAUCCUAGAAUAUGACCAGACCUGGUAUGCCUAUCCUUUAUGGAUUGCAGCAGCGGUUGAGAUCGAUUUAGGAGUGAUCUGUGCUAGCGCUCCCAUGCUCCGGCCGUUACUUUCCCGCCUGCCCCCGGUCGUCUCAAGCCUGCUGUCAAGUCGAUUCAAGAAAAGCUCAGGCGGAGGCACUUAUGGCACGUCACUCGCCGACAAUCUAGAGUCGGCGAACCAAGACAACAAUACUGCCAGUCACGGCAGCAAGUCCGCCGUCGAUCCAAACCAAAACCUCGUACCACCCCCUCGCGCAGGGAAUGGAAGAAGCUAUCGGGAGCCUGACGUGGAAUUAAAGUCCUGGAAUCAGAACACCAACGCAGACAACUAUAGAGCAUCCAGUUCUCGAAGCGACGAGGCUUUCUGCCGUGCCAUAUCUCCUAUACCACCUCCACCGGACGUCCGUACCCAACACGAUCGGGUUAGCCUUUAUAGCGAUGACUCCCCGAUUCUAUCGGACAGCUGGAGGGUAUAAAAUAGAAAUCUGCGGGGGGAUGGAAGGAACUAAUGGGUCCAAGGGAAUUUUGCGAGGGGUGAUUGCGUCUGUAUUUCUCACCCUGGGGAAGUCAUGGUAUGUUUAGAGUUCGCUGGACGGAUUUCUUGUCGGUUUCUUUUGCAUUAUGUGCUGUAC